CUCAAGAUCGUCUUCACCAUCCUCAAGGCCAGAAGUUUUUUUCUCUGUUCCGCGCUAACAAUGUCUUUGGUCGCGGUCGGGGCAUGCUACGUCGACACAAUUCUAACAACUCCCCAUUAUCCCGGAGAGGAUGACAAACUGCGAGCUUCAAGCAUCUCACGUCGGCGCGGCGGAAAUUGUCCCAACUCUCUCGAGGUCCUCAAACAGUUGACGGGUCAAGGCGCCUCGGCGGCAGGGGUCUCGCUUGACCUUGUUGCUGUACUGCCGGCCAAGUCCUCAAUUGCUUCCCAGCAGAUUCGGUCGGCCUUAGAGCCCCGAGUUCGCCUUGACCAUUGCAUCUAUCGGGAGGAGUUCAAUGAACCUGCUUCCAGCUACAUUAUCAAAAGCCAGUCGUCCGGUAGCAGGACAAUUGUGAACUAUAAUGAGCUGCCGGAAAUGACAGUCAACGAAUUUACGCAAGUUGCAGAUGAUCGGGGAUCGAAAGCUGGAUGGUACCAUUUCGAGGGUCGGAUACCAGAUGUGAUUCUCGCCUGUAUACGCUAUCUUCGGGAACGUCAUCCAUCGGUUCGAGUCAGCGUGGAAGUCGAAAAGCCUGGGCGACCAGGUCUACAGGAACUAGCAGCGGAGGCUGAUGUUGUGUUUUACUCCAAGAGCUGGGCUCAGGGAAAUGGAUAUGGGUCAGCCGAAGAAUGCCUGAGAAAGCAGUCACUGCUCACACGCAAUGCAUCCUUGCUCUUCUGCACAUGGGGUCAGGAUGGGGCCAUGGCUCUGGAGACAAGCACUAAUAACGUUAUUCAUAGCCCGGCAUAUGCAGCCGAGGGUUUUCAGGUGGUUGACCCUGUUGGCGCCGGUGAUACGUUCAUAGCCGGCAUGCUGUACGCCCUGAUCUGGCAAGGAGAUAAUUGGGAUGUUUCGAGAAAGCUUGAGUUCUCCAAUCGAGUGGCGGGGAUGAAAGUUGCCCAAGAGGGCUUUUCUGGCCUGGCAAGGGCUUUACCCAGUGUCUAAUCACUACUGGGGUAAUCCUACCAUCAUACUGAAAAUCGAAUACACUUCCUUUGUGUGCGCUUUGGUUUAUCUGAUAGAG